AUUUGAAUCCGCUGGCGCGGUGGGCGGUGAUCGCGGGUUGGAAGCGCUGCGGCGGCGAAGCGGAGCGACUCGGCUUCUUGAAGCGGAGCAGGCGCGGCUUCUCUCCUACCCCGUAGUGGGCGGCGGUGCGGGCCCGGAUCCCGACAGCGGGCGGGCAGAAUGAGUCUGCAGGUUUUAAAUGACGAAAAUGUCACCAGUCAAAGAAGUAAAGAGAACUGCGACUUCCUGUUUUCACCACCAGAACUUACCGGAAGAUCGUCUGUUCUUCGUUUGUCACAGAAAGAAAAUGUGCCACCCAAGAACCUGAAUAAAGCUGUGAAGGUGACUUUUCAGACCCCUCUGCGGGAUCCACAGACACAUAGGAUCUUAAGUCCUAGUAUGACCUGCAAACUUGAGACUCCUUUUGCUCUGGGUGACAACAUCGAAUUAGAGAACUCUCAUCAAGUCUGGACACAGGAAGAGAACCAACAGUUUACCAAGGAAGUGGACAACAAAAUUACCAAUGGGAUUCUUCAGAAAGAAGCCAUGGCUGAUGCCAACUCUCCUCCAGCGAAUGUGACCCCAGCCUCUGAAGAUGGCAGUUCCAGCAAGCUUGGCGCAGCCCCCCUGGCUGACCCAGGCUCCUUAAGCUCUCCAAGCCACAGCCCAGAAAGUCCUAAAAAACAAGCAGUACCUCUAGGACAAAUGCCUGGCAGCCCUCAGCAAGCAGCGGAGGAAGACGGUAGUCUUCAUUCUUUCGAUAAAAGCAUAACUUCCGUCUCUCAGACCCUAGAAGACCCCCCAGGGAUAGCGUCCCAGCAGAGAGCAGAGACUCCUCAUAGAGCUGAGGAAGGAAAUUCACAAGGCAGCGUCUCUGCUGCUUCCCUGGGGGCCGUUCUACCUCCUGAUCCGACCCUUGAAGCACCACACAGAGGAGGUCCCCUCACAGGGAACUGUGACGAGGACGCCCCUGGACCAGGAGACAGUGCUCAGUCCCUUCCCUGCACAAGAUCCUCUGGUUCUGAGGACACAGCCCCGUCCAGCCCUCAGAAGGAAGACGCCUCUGUACAGAUGGCUGACUUGGCAAGGGGUGAGCCUGUAAGGCUAGAAUUUGACUUCUCUGACACCACCACCAAAAAGGCUCCCCGACCAAAAAGACUGGGCCUCAAACAUCCCUCUAAGAGGCAGGAGGUAAGACAGGAACAGGCCCCCAAGGCGGCGCAGGAGGGAGAUAAGAAGAGAGGGGAAGACGAGUGCCCUGCGCCUGUUCCACGGGGCUCCUACAACCUCGACUGGAACAAGUUGGAUGACCCAGACUUUAACCCUUUUGGAACUGGCUCCACCUCCAGUAGCAGCAAAGCUCAGCCCCCAGACAGCUCUGAGGUGGCUCUGCAGUCAAGUGCUGGGCCAGUAACCCUGGAGAACCUGCCUCUAAGCCAGCAGCUGUGUGCAGCCUCAGCGGAUGAUACGUCUGUGGUACAUAUGGUAGCAGAGACCCCAAGAACUGAAGGCAAGGAGGGAACUUUGAAUUUUUCAGACAUGUCAGUUUCUGUGAGCUGUCAGGACAGUGAGCUGAAGGCCCCACACGCUGAACCGGUGGCCUUCCCUUCUCAGCAGGGACUGGAGCCUGUCUUGGAGCUAAAGGAGGAGAAGUUCAGAGACCCAGCUGAGGUUCUAGGCAUUGGGGCUGAGGUGGAUUACCUGGAGCAGUUCGGAACGUGCUCGUUCAAGGACUCAGCCUUGAGGAAGCAGUCCUUAUACCUCAAAUUCGAUCCUCUCCUGAAAGAUAGCCCUCACCGACCAGUGCCCAUAGUCUCCGGGACAAGCAAUGCACAAGAUGCAGAACAGCCUUCCUCAGGAAAUGUGCUAGAAACCAAGCUUGUGGAUUUUGAUUUCUUAGGAGCUCUGGAUGUUCCUGUAACAGGCCCACCCACAUGUGUCCUUGAGCCUGGGGUUCCACCCUUGCCUGUUGGACCCAUUGUGGACGUGCUGCAGUACAGCCAGCGGGACCUGGACACGGCGGUGGAAGCAGCACAGAAGGAGAACCAGGAGCUGAGAAGCAGGUGUGAGGAGCUCCACGGGAAGAACCUGGAGAUGGGGAAGAUUGUGGAUGGGUUUGAGGAGAUCGUGUACCAGGCAAUGGAGGAAGCUCAGAAACAGAAAGAACUCACUGAAGCCAAAAUCCAGAAGGUUUUAAAAGAAAAGGACCAACUUGCCGCUGACUUGAACUCCAUGGAAAAGUCUUUCUCUGACCUCUUCAAGCGGUUUGAGAAACAGAAGGAAGUGAUUGAGGGCUACCGCAAGAAUGAAGAGUCGCUGAAGAAGUGUGUGGAGGACUACAUACUGAGGAUUGAGAAGGAGAGCCAGAGGUACCAAGCCCUGAAGGCCCAUGCCGAAGAGAAGCUGCAGCUGGCAAAUGAGGAGAUUGCUCAGGUCCGGAGCAAGGCCCAGGCAGAGGCCUUAGCCUUCCAGGCGAGCCUGAGGAAGGAGCAGAUGCGUAUCCACUCACUAGAGAAGACCGUGGAGCAGAAGACUAAAGAAAAUGAUGAACUGACCAGGAUCUGUGAUGACCUCAUCUCCAAGAUGGAGAAGAUCUGACCAGAGCUUCCAACCAGUGACCAGCCCUCCCUGUCCUGAUUGUCUGUCCGUUUGUCUGAUUCUCUCUUAGGUUUCAUGUUUUUUCUUCUCUAACUUCAAUUUAUUUCAAAGCUAGAUUGCUUUUAAAAGAAGAAUAAAGUUUUCCCUAAGUUUAAAUUUUG